AUGUACGAAUCAGCGAAAGUCUCCGACGACGCAGAUCGCACUGCUUUCCGGCGAGCAGAGAAACAAUACAAGCUUUACUACGAGCAGGAUUCUAAGUUCUAUAGAAAGAAAAAGCUACCAAAACCGGUUGAUUUGUCGGCGCUGCUCGAUUUCAAUCAGAUUCUACAUGAUUUCAACGAGAAUGGUGUUUUGCCAGACGGAAUUAGGGCUGCCGCCGGAGCUGAUUCCCCGGUUUUCUGCAUCGAGAAUCGCCCCGGGUUUUACUUUAUUCCUGGUGCAUUGAGUCUGAAGGAGCAAUGCAAAUGGAUUAAAGAGAGCUUGACGAAUUUUCCGCAGCCUCCGAAUAGAACAAACCACAAUGCAAUUUAUGGUCCCAUUGCUGAUUUGUUUGAUUCAGCUAAAGCAAACAAGGUCUUGGUUCAGGAAGAUCCUACCUCUGAAACUUGUAUUGAUACCAACAAGUGGAAGUUCUGUGAUGAUGAUGAAGAAGAUGUUGCAAAAGCGAAACGAAGAGGUUGCAAAUCAGUUUCAGCUUCAGUUCUUCUGAGGAAGCUUCGAUGGAGCACACUCGGUCUACAGUUUGAUUGGUCCAAGCGAAACUAUGAUGUUUCUCUCCCUCAUAAUGAUAUUCCUGAUGCGCUCUGUAAACUAGCUAAGACACACGCCGCCAUUGCAAUGCCUGACGGGGAAGAGUUCCGUCCAGAGGGUGCGAUUGUAAACUAUUUUGGCUUAGGUGAUACACUUGGAGGCCACCUUGAUGACAUGGAAGCUGACUGGAGCAAACCUAUAGUAAGCAUAAGCCUGGGAUGUAAAGCAAUAUUCCUAUUAGGAGGAAAAUCAAAAGAUGAUCCUCCCCAUGCUAUGUAUCUUAGAAGUGGAGAUGUUGUACUCAUGGCUGGAGAAGCCAGGGAAUGCUAUCACGGUGUGCCUCGUAUCUUUACGGACGAAGAAAAUGCUGACAUUGGCGCGCUUGAAUUAGAGUUGUCCCUUGAGAGUGGAGAUUCUUUUGCAGAGUACAUCAAAACUUCGAGGAUCAAUAUAAACAUCAGGCAAGUUUUCUGA